CCAAGUACCUUGAGACUACAAAGCUCCUCGAUUUUGCCACGUGUCCCCAUUUCCUCUCCCGCGUCAUACAUCUAUCCGUUAACCCUAAUCGCUCUUUCUCGCUCUCUCUUCUCUCUCUUCCUCCUCUCUGCAACUCUUCUGCCCCAGAAGAGGAGAAGAGAACGCGAACACAAAGAUCCAUAUAUAAGACAAACAAGAAAAACAAGAAAAUUGGAGGAAGAUGGGAAAACUUCUAUGCGAUACAACCACUGUUGCCGAGACAUUUCAGACCUCAUCCCCCACCGUAUCUUGGAGGGAACCGAAGACGGCGUCUCUGGAAGCUGUGGAUCUUGUUGACCAGUCAACCAACACGGUGACUGCCACUUGGGACGACGUCGUAGGUCUGGAGGAUCAGCAGAGACGGCAUCUAGAGAGGCUGCAAUCCAAGGGAGUUCUGUGGAAGCACCCAGGGGAUGACUCUGCCUCUGUGGUCUUUCGCCUCUCCCAUGGAGGCGAGGUCUCUGCAGAUGGAAACUGCCUUUUCACUGCCUCGCAGAAAGCCAUGGCGCGUGAGGUUGACGCGCGGGAUUUGCGGAGGCGGACGGUGCGGCGGUUCUGAGAUCUUGGAUCGGUGUGCCAGGAGGAGAGAGAGGUAAUCAACGACGCGAUUCGUCACAUGUACUCGCCGGAUCUGAAGAACGGGUGGGGCAUUCACGUGGUUCAAGAGGUCAAGUUGCUUGCCAAGAAGGAAGAUCGGGUGGUAUUAGAUUCAGCUAUUGACGAGCUUAUUCAGCUGGGGAUGCAAAGAGAAAUGGCUGCUGAGUCUAUUUACAAAGAGAGAUGUAUUCCGGUGAAUGAUGGCUCAAGUUGGGCCAAGUACAUGUCGAUCUGUGGUUCUCCUGAUGAUGAAUAUGAUAUCAUCACUUUGCAAUAUACUGAGGAGGGUUUGUUAUCUGUAGAUGAAAACAGAGAAGGUCAUGCUGCAGCUUUUGGAGAUGAUAUAGCAAUAGAGUGUCUUGCAACAGAGUUCAAGCGAGAGAUAUAUGUGGUGCAAGCACAUGGAUCAGAUGCAAUGGUAGAUGAAGACAAUUGUGUUUUUUUCCUUCCACAUCGUCCAAGAAGUGAAAUUUGUGAACCCCCCUUCUUUUUGUUCAUGAAAGGAACAGGCUGGUGUGGUGCUGGUGCUGACCACUAUGAACCAUUGAUUGCGCAUCCUUCCUCACUUGUUUCACAAGAGAAGGUUGCACUGGUGCUCUGACAGCAUCACCCAUACAAUUUUGUGCCUUACAAUUUGAGUAGGAGUUUGAGCUUUUCCCUCCAAUGUUUGGCAUGCAAUCUAGUUCUCUUGAUUCUUUCUGGGGUGGCAAGCAGAAUUUCAUUGCAUAUCGUUCAUUUUUUCUUCUGAUUAACAUUAUUUAGCAUCCCGUACCCAUGACUCUUUUAACUUGCAGGUUUUUUUGCCUGCACAUGAGCAACUCUGUAGUAUUUUUAAUGGUUUUGGCCGGCUGCUGUUGUUGUUGAGUUUUUUUUUUUUCUUUUUCGAGGGUGAUUGUGUUGUCUAGUGGAGGUGCUAUUUCACUCAAGCUGGAAUAGUGUUGUAUGGUAUGCUAGACUCCGUUCCUUGAUAGGAAUGACUUUGUUAGUUUGCUCGGAAAUGGAUAGGAUUUUAUUCGUUUAUUCUUUUUUUUUUUUGGGUGUAAAUCUUGAGGAACCUUGUGCCAAUUUUAGGUAGGUAUUAUCUUUGUGAAAGCAUCUUUCUAAGUGUAA